CAAAAACGACGCUAGUGGCUCUACUAUCCCGACAGAUUCUCGAGAGACGUCAACACUUCAAAGGCCCCAUUCAAUAAGCCGUCUCAGCACCCAUCCGGGCAUCUCGUCUUCCUCAGAACGCCCAAUUCCGUCGAGACGACACGAUGCUUCGACAGUCGCUUGCUCGUUCGGCUUGGCGGACAGGCAGACAUGCCGCCAAUGCCUCGAGAGCCUUUUCUGUGACAGCUCCCCGGCCGGCCGAAGUAGAGCUCACUGUUGAUGGAAAGAAAGUGUCUAUUGAAGCUGGCUCUGCGCUAAUUCAAGCAUGCGAGAAGGCCGGAGUUACAAUCCCAAGAUAUUGUUACCACGAAAAACUAAUGAUUGCUGGUAACUGCCGUAUGUGCCUGGUCGAAGUCGAGAGAGCACCAAAGCCCGUCGCAUCAUGUGCAUGGCCCGUACAGCCUGGCAUGGUUGUCAAGACCAACUCGCCCAUCACACACAAGGCCCGAGAGGGUGUCAUGGAAUUUUUACUGGCGAAUCACCCAUUGGACUGCCCUGUCUGCGACCAGGGUGGCGAAUGCGAUCUCCAGGACCAGUCAAUGCGAUAUGGCGCCGACAGGGGGCGAUUCCACGAAAUCGGCGGCAAACGUGCGGUAGAAGACAAGAACAUUGGACCUCUCAUCAAGACGUCCAUGAACAGGUGUAUCCACUGCACGCGAUGUAUCCGGUUUUCAAACGACAUUGCCGGUGCACCAGAAAUGGGCUCUACAGGACGAGGAAACGACAUUCAGAUUGGUACCUACCUGGAGCAAAACCUUGACUCGGAGAUGUCGGGAAACGUUAUCGAUCUCUGCCCUGUGGGAGCCCUCACCUCAAAGCCCUACGCCUUCCGAGCUCGACCCUGGGAGCUGAAGAAAACCGAGUCCAUCGAUGUUCUCGAUGGCUUAGGCUCUGCCAUCCGUGUCGACUCUCGAGGUCUCGAGGUCAUGCGCGUUCUUCCCCGCUUGAACGAUGAUGUCAACGAGGAGUGGAUCAACGACAAGACUCGAUUCGCUUGUGAUGGCCUUAAGACCCAGCGUCUGACUAUGCCCUUGGUCCGGAGGGGAGGCAAAUUUGAGCCUGCCAGCUGGGAACAGGCUUUGACCCAUAUUGGCGCCGCAUACCAGCAGUUACAACCAAAGGAGAAUGAGUUCAAGGCUAUUGCUGGCGCUCUUACGGAGGUGGAGUCUAUGGUGGCGAUGAAAGAUCUUGCCAACAAGCUAGGUUCCGAGAACUUGACUGUUGACGUUCCUGCUGGCAACGCGCCAGUGGCUCACGGUAUUGAUGUACGGACCAAUUACCUAUUCAACUCGUUGAUAUGGGGAGUGGAGGACGUUGACUGCAUGCUCAUCGUUGGCUCCAACCCCAGGCAUGAGGCCGCAGGCUUGAACGCCCGCAUCCGCAAGCAAUGGCUGAGAUCAGAUUUGGAAAUCGGUGUCGUUGGCGAGCAAUUUCAAUCGACCUUCGAGUUCGAGCACCUCGGUGUUGACUUUGCGGCCCUUAAGUCGGCUCUGGCCGGACCGUUCGGCAAGAAGCUCCAGGCGGCCAAGAAGCCCAUGAUCGUGGUCGGUUCCGGUGUCACUGACCACCCUGAUGCCAAGGCCUUCUUCGAGCUCAUUGGUGGUUUCGUCGACAAGAACGCCGCAAAUUUCUUGACACCCGAGCACAACGGUUACAAUGUUCUUCAACGUGAGGCUUCGAGAGCCGGUGCCUUCGAGGUUGGCUUCGUCCCUCCUUCCGCCGAGGUUGCUCAGACCAAGCCCAAGAUGGUCUGGCUGCUUGGGGCUGACGAGUUUACCGAAUCUGAUAUCCCCAAGGAUGCUUUUGUUAUCUACCAAGGCCACCACGGUGACCGUGGUGCCCAGAUUGCAGAUAUCGUCUUGCCAGGUGCCGCGUACACCGAGAAGGCCGGUACAUAUGUCAACACCGAAGGCCGAGUCCAAAUGACCCGUGCUGCCACUUCAUUACCAGGCGCUGCUCGAACUGAUUGGAAGAUCAUUCGCGCUAUCAGCGAAUUCUUCGGCGCCCCUCUCCCAUAUGAUGAUGUCGCCCAACUCCGAGACAGGAUGGCGGAAAUCAGUCCGGCGCUCGCAUCAUAUGACAUCGUUGAACCAACAUCACUGCAGCAGCUCAGCAAGGUGCAACUGGUGGAUCAGAAUAAGGGUACCAAGCCAAGCGGCUCGCCCUUGAAGAAGGUUAUUGAGGAUUUCUAUUUCACAGACGCAAUCUCUCGAAGCUCGCCAACGAUGGCACGUUGCUCAGCAGCAAAGUCAACAGGCAACCCCAAGACGGACUUCAUGGCACCUGGCAUGGAUGAAACCAAGCCAAUGGGGCAAGUAGCGUAUGGCGUAUGAGUAAGGCGCAGCGAAGUAAACAAAGUCAAAAAUAUCCAUAUAACUUUGCUUUGGGGUUGGGGUUUCCUUUGUUGGCACCUACAUUGUCCUGUACAUAUAACACGGAAUCGAGGAGUAGAGAAAGUAUAUAACGUGACCAGGCUUUGUUUUUGCCAGUAUUAGUGAUGAGACAACCGCAGUUUUACAUAUUACACAAAUUUAUUCGUCCU